UAUAAGAAACCGAGAACGGUCGCAGCUUCGUUUCCCCAGGUGAGCAGAGCCAAGCCAACCAGCAGACAGCCCAGAUCUGCCUCGCCGGCAGGCCACCACCGCCACCACCAUGCGGAGCGCGGGCGCGGUGGCGGCGGCUACCGUGACGCGCGUGGCGCAGCGGGUGGUGGCCCCGUCGGCGCCCACCCCCGGCGGCGAGCUCCCGCUCUCGUGGCUCGACCGCUACCCGACGCAGCGCGCGCUCAUCGAGUCCCUCCACGUCUUCAAGGGCCGCGCCGGCGCCACGGAGGGCCCCGUCAAGGCCAUCGAGCGCGCCCUGGCCGCCGCGCUCGUUAGCUACUACCCCCUCGCCGGCCGGCUCGCGGUGCCGGCCGACGGCGGAGAGCUGGUCGUGGACUGCACGGGCGAGGGCGUGUGGUUCCUGGAGGCCGCCGCGGGCUGCACCCUGGAGGACGUGGACUACCUCGAGUACCCGCUGAUGAUGCCCAAGGACGAGCUGCUGCCGCACCCAACCUACCCCGCCGCAGACCCUCUCCCCGAGGACUCCUUUAUCCUUCUUGUCCAGGUGACGCAGUUCGCGUGCGGCGGCUUCGUGGUCGGGUUCCGGUUCAGCCACGCCGUGGCGGACGGGCCGGGCGCGGCCCAGUUCAUGACGGCGGUGGGGGAGAUCGCGCGCGGGCGGGCCGGACCGUCGGUGAAACCGGCGUGGGGCCGGGAGGCGAUCCCGAGCCCACCGGCGGCGGCCCCGGUCGGCCCGCUCCCCGUCCCGACGGAGCUCCGGCUCCAGUACCUGGCCAUGGACAUCUCCACGGACUACAUCGAGCACUUCAAGGCCCGGUUCCUGGAGCAGGCGGGCCACCGGUGCAGCGCGUUCGAGGUGCUGAUCGCCAAGGCGUGGCAGGCCAGGACCCGCGCCGCGCGGUUCGCGCCCGGCACCCCCGUCCACGUCUGCUUCGCCAUGAACGCGCGCUCGGCGCUUCCCCAGCCGCGGGCGGUCCCGGACGGGUUCUACGGCAACUGCUACUACAUCAUGCGCGUGUCGGCGCCCGCCGAGGCCGUGUCGGACGCGCCGCUGCACGAGGUCGUCCGGCUCAUCCGCGAGGGCAAGAAGCGGCUCCCCUCGGAGUUCGCCCGCUGGAGCCGCGGCGAGAUGAACGGGGAUCCGUACCGGAUCACGUCGGACUGCCGGACGCUGCUGGUGUCCGACUGGUCGAGGCUCGGGUUCGCCGAGGUGGACUACGGCUGGGGCGCGCCGGUCCACGUCGUGCCGCUCACGAACCUGGACUACAUCGCGACGUGCAUCCUCGUGCGACCCUCGGCGCACAAGCCCGGCGCGCGCCUCAUCACGCAGUGCGUCGCCGCCGACGGCGUCGACGAGUUCCACAGGGACAUGAUGCGCCUCGACUGAACGGUUGUCAGCCAGUUGUGUUUUAGUGGUUAUCCACGCAUGCCGUCAAUCAGUCCGAUGAGUGAGUGGCCGAAGAGAACACUACAGCACGAUACACCGAGACGUUCCUACUUGUAAUGUUUGAUUUAUUCGUUCUAUUCGAUUAAAUUCGUUUGCCAGUUGCUUGCGAAAUUGUGGGUGUGAAAGCGCUGUAAUGGUUUGGUGAGGAGCCACUGUCUCCUGUUGCGCAAGCAAAGCAGCAGGAGUAAAGUGGGUGGUAGGGCAUCUGUUAUUUGUCACUUGACGCAGGCUUCAUUGAUGUCGUACGUGUACCCGUCAAAAGUGUUGAGGCAUCGCCAUCUUGGUUUGUUGA